AUGUCUCUCCGCCGGCUGCGUCAGGAUGUAACCCUCACUUGGCAAGGGGUUGUAGGCAAGAGACAUGAACGAAUAUUACUUAAUGCUACUUCUACUGCUAUUAAAAAUAAUGUGUUCGCGAUCGUUGGUUGUUGGUGUCAAGAUGGCAUCAUCAGGAAUGACUUCGAGGGCCCCAACCCAGACGGUUCCUAUAAGUGGGCAUUGCAGACCGAGGAUGGUAUAUACCACGAGCAGCGGGGCUCCUUGCAGCCGGGCGCUGAGCAACCCACUUUAGUGGUGGAAGGACAGUACCAGUACACAGCGCCUGACGGACAAGUGAUCAACGUCCUGUACAAGGCUGAUGAGAACGGGUUCCAACCGCAAGGGGAGCACCUCCCCACACCUCCCCCAAUUCCCCCAGCCAUACAAAGAGCGUUGGACUAUCUCGCAUCACUACCAGAGAAUAGAAAUAUCAAGUGAUAAGAAGUUAUCAGAGAAAAACAGAUAAUAUAGUCAUAGCAUUAAGGUGGCUAUUGGCUUGCUUUACCUGUUAAGAGACGUGAUGAGAUUUAUACCUGUUAUUGAUGAUAUUUAGAUAUACUUUUUUAUAUGGUUUUUAUACGAAAAGAUUAAAACAUUGUCGAGUAAUCUUUAUAUAACAAUUAUAUUUUCUAAUUCCUAUUUACCUACAAAUUGAUGUCCUAUGCUUUUAUUUCUAAAUAUAUUUGUUUCGAGUGAUAGAUUGUGUUUUAGAAUGUUAUAAUCACACACACACACACAUCUUAGAAUUAAGGGUCAUUUAGAAUUAUGUUCAGAGUGAAUCAUUUGUGAAUUUAUAAGAGAAACUUGUCAUCGGCUUUAUUUAUUUAACAGAAUUGAAUGUAUGAUUUUUGUAAUACAUGUUGAAUUGCAUUUAAAUAAAAUAAAAUCAUGUUACUU